AUGGUGAUUUUAGACAAGAAAUUAUUGGAAAGAUUGAUUUCUCGUGAGGUUCCGUUAGAAGAGCUCGAAGAUAUGGAAAAACGGUGCUUUUUGUCUACUUUCACAUAUCAAGAUGCCUUUGAUUUAGGGACUUACGUAAGAAAUGCAGUUAAGGAGAAUUUUCCAGAAAAACCAGUUGCAAUUGAUAUCUCAUUACCAAAUGGGCAUUGCUUAUUUCGCACAGUAACCUACGGCGGAAGUGCAUUGGACAAUGAUUUUUGGAUUCAAAGAAAGAAGAAAACAGCAAUUAGAUUCGGUCAUUCAAGUUUCUACAUGGGUUGUAAAAAAGGGGACAAAACACCGGAAGAAAAGUUUUUUGUGGACUCAAAAGAAUACGCUUUCCAUGGAGGAGCUGUCCUAAUACAAUCUGAGAAAAGUGAUUACCCCUAUGCUUGCUUAACUAUAAGUGGAUUGAAACAGGAAGAAGAUCAUUUAAUGGCAGUUACUUCUUUAAUUGCGUUUGCUAAUGAAAGUCUAGAGGACGAUUUGAAUUUGGAUUAA